AUGGCCAGAGCUCCCGUGCUCGCGGUGGGUGGGGUGGGGGGUGUCCGCUCGGCGACGUCCGCGCGGAUUGACGGUUUCGUGCUCGGCGACGUCUUGCUCGGUGGCAUCUGCUCAGCAGGGUCGCCGUGCGCGGGAAGGGAUGCUGGCGGCGACGAGGAGCAACCAGGCCCCAGCCAUCCGGUGCACGCCGCCGCUGCCGUCAUGGGAAAGCGCAGCUACGAAUCCGAUUACGAGAGCGUCCGCAACACCCACAUCUCGGAGAACAAGGCUCGGAUGGAGAUGCUUGGGCUAAGCCGUACGAAGGAGGAGCUCAACCUGAUGACCCCGCCCCCCGCCCGCCGCCCCUACACCUACAAGCAGUACGCCACGGGCCCACCCCGGCGCUCCCCACGGCUGAACGGGCUGGCCGUGCAGCACAAGGCGCUGCCUCUCAGAGGUCAUCUGGGCAAGGCGACUCCUAUGUUGGUGGACUACGACAGCGAUGCGCCGGCAGUGGUCGGUGGGGAGAUGGCGCCGGCGCCGCAGGACAAUGGCGGCGAGGAGAUGGGGGCCGUGUAUGAACCUGUUCAUGGGGAAACUGCCACCUCUGUGAAAUCGUGCUGCGCGGAUGACUGCAAAUCGGUGCGUGGAACGAGGCCUGAACCGGCCGUGCAUAGGCAUGAUGCUCAUCUUAUCUACCACCAAGCUUCUGCCUUGAUCUCCAGCUAA